AAAUGGCCCAAAGCCCAUGAAGACUAAUCUCUGAAGCCCAAAUCCCUUUCUUCCUAAAAUCUGGUAAUCCUAGAAUUCUCAAAUACACCGUUUCACCGCUCCGUCUUCCUCCGUCUGCCGCCGUCAAACGCUGCCUUUCAAACGCCAUCCAUGGGAAGCAUCAGCGCUUUGCAUUAUCUGAAACCAACAAGAAGUGCCAAAGGUACUUCCUUGUUCAAUUUCAGUAAAAAUCGCAUUUUCCAAUUACCAGUGGCUUUUCGAAGCUACGCCGUGAAAUCGAGUGUUCUAGAACCUCCUAAUGUUACUCGUUUGGCUGAAACUGCUCGAAUUUCACUCAAUCCCCAAGAAAUUGAAGAUUUCGCUCCCAAAAUUCGACAAGUUAUAGAUUGGUUUGGACAACUUCAAGCUGUUGAUCUACAGAGUAUCGAGCCAGCGAUUAGAGCAGAUACUGAAGGAGAUAAUUUGCGGGGAGACGUACCUGAGAAGUUUGAGAACAGAGAAGAAUUGAUUUCUGCUGUGCCAAACUUUGAAAACCCUUACAUCAAAGUUCCCAAGGUCCUUAAUAAGGAGUAAUGUUGUUGUUUAGUUGAAAAAAUUCCCAAUAUGUAUUUUGAUGCAAUGUAUAAUUGUUUUCAUUAGCUUGUACUCAACUGGAUUAAUUUGAGCGAAUUGGAAUAACCAAUUGAAUUGUGCUGUUGA